UCAACAUAAGCAGAAUAAUGAAUUCAGCCGGUGCGGCGAAUCAGUAAAAAAGCAAACAAACAGGAGAAGAUCGUCUGCGGGUUCGGGUGAUAGAAAUUUGGCAUCCAUUUUGGGUAAUGACCUGCUGCUGUAAUGAUGUGGGGCGCAGUGUUUUGUUUCGUGGCCGCCACUAGAUGGCGCCAGAUGUCCGUCAACGACAGCAGCCGAUUUAAACUUCUCAACACGAGCGUCAUGAAAGUCUAUAAAAUGUGUCGAUGAAGAAACACACAAGCGAAAACACUCAUGGGUGUCAUGAGUUAAUGUUUGGAACAGGCGUUCAAAGUGUAAAUGUAAUUGAAACUUUUCAAUUCGCCUAAUAUGAACUGACGUCACCAUGGUAAUAAAUUGGUUCCCUGUCUCUUAAUUGUUUUGAACUAACAAGCACCGUCCACCGCCUCAGCGUCGGGCGGGAGACUACACCCCGCACCGUCCCACCGCCUCGCCGCCUCCCCCCCUCCCUCCCACUCUCCUCCCCCUCCUCCCCCUCCACCACCGGCUCGCAGCCAUCCACCAGGCAGUCACCUCAAGUGCGACCGGACGGCGGAGCGACGGCAGACGCGCAGAUCCACGGAGCCGCUUCACUGCUUCAACUAAGAGAGGAAGAGCAGAGGGAGCAGGAGACGGAGGACAGGAGGAAGAGAAUGAGACUCCGGUGUCUGCGCCAGGACUGAGGGUGGUCGCUACGCUGAAGGAUCCUCCGACCCGUUUCCAAGUCCUUUUCUCCCGACAGUCACGUUUUCAGCGCGGACACAAUGGGCUGCUGCAGCGGGCGAUGCACCCUCAUCUUCAUCUGCACUUUACAGCUGGUGCUGGCGUUGGAGCGGCAGGUCUUUGACUUCCUGGGUUACCAGUGGGCCCCCAUCCUGGCCAACUUCUUCCACAUCAUCAUCGUCAUCCUUGGCCUCUUUGGCACCAUUCAGUACCGGCCGCGCUACAUUGUUGUGUACACAGUCUGGGCCGCCGUGUGGGUCGCCUGGAACAUCUUCAUCAUCUGCUUCUACCUGGAUGUAGGAGGCCUGUCCAAGGACAGCGACCUGCUCACGUUUAACAUCUCCGCCCAUCACUCGUGGUGGAGCGAACACGGGCCGGGCUGCGUGAGGAAGGAGAUGCCCCAGGCGGCGCCGGGGGUCCGCGCCACGGAGAGCCACUCCUACAUCACCGUCAUGGGCUGCCUCAUGGACUACCAGUACAUCGAGGUCACGCACAGCAGCGCCCACAUUCUUGUUGCUCUCCUGGGCUUCGUUUACGCCUGCUACGUUGUUAGCGCUAUCACCGAGGAGGAGGACAGCUUUGAUUUUAUUGGUGGAUUUGACCCAUUCCCUCUCUACCAUGUCAAUGAGAAACCAUCUCACCUCCUCCUAAAGCCCAUGUACCCGUCUACGUAAAUAGGCGGCUGACCAGAAAAGAGGUGGCACAUCGGAUUCCCACGGAGAGAAAAUGGCUGUUUUGCAACAAACUUCCCAGCGCACAUUCCUCCCCUCCUUGAUUUCAGUGCUUUAAACAUGUCAUUUACUGCCGUCCUGCCCAGAAAAGCCAACGCCGUCACUUAGGGUCCAUUGUUUUCUAGGGAGAGAUGGAUUCAGGCAACGGGGGGAUUACAGCGUAACAAAGCCUCAUAUUGUGUAUUUAGGGACGUUCUCUGCUGAGGUCCCGUCGUCGCUACCUGCCCAUAAUGCUCUAAUACUUCACAGGACCAUGACUCUACAGAACGCGUAUAGCAUAAAAAUACAAUGUCCGUGUAAUGAGGAGCUGCCCAGCACUCCCACUCUGUGGUGCCGUGUCUUAGAAGACUCAGUGAUUUAGCAUCUUAUUGCUGGUUUGGCUCAGAUCGUGGCCAGAGGGCUAAAUUACAGUGGAGCCUGUGGAAUGAGCUAUUGUGUGCUGCCUGUUUACUUUAGGCCAGGAUCUGUAUGCAUAAAUACACAAGCCAAGCAGGAAGAGGCAGGGGGAUGGAGGGGGGGGUGAACAAAAGCACUGAACCUACAGGGGCAUCUGUCAAAAAUAGAAAAUGUAAAAAUUGGAACAAGGGGAAAGAAGAUUUGGGGGUUUGGAGUUUGAGAAGCACACGCUGCAUCAUGGGAGCCGUACUUUCAUAUCCAGGGUCUUAAUAUUGUGCUUUACUUCAUAUCUGAAGUGUCAGGUGUUCGAGUCAGACCUCUGAAGCCGUACACAUAUUUGUAAUCUUCCGGCUGCACAGAGCAGCGUUGAGUUUGGGUCUUUGUUGAGUGUAGGUAGCAUGACUGUACCUGCGUGGACCAGAGCUGUGUCUCAUGUCAGUUCAGCGGUUUAGAUGCUCCGUGGUGAUAGUUCUGGUUGUGACUCUUUUAUAGCAUGUUUCUGCAGAGUUUGUAUUGUAAUUAUGUGUUUAAAACAUGACGUAAUGAGAAAAAAUAAGUGAGAUCUUUAUCUGUGUAUGAGCCGCUCAACCUGUAAACAUCCACUGAGUAGAUUAUUACUCUGCUUUAUUCUAUUCUGAUACAGAAGCAUAGACUCCACCUCUCACUGAACCUCAGCUCCCCUGUUGCUUUACGGUUUGUGUGUCCACUCUGCCCCCUGGUGUUUAAAGCGUUUGUGUACAGGUUCCAAAGUCUGAGUUUUGAUUCGCAUCCGUGUUUUUUGUUUGCUGAGACAGUAAACCAUAAAAUGGUGAUAAUGGGAAUAAUGACAACUGAUUUUAAAUACACGAGGUCUCUGGUGAGUUGAGUGAUGCUCAGCAGAUUCACAUCUUCAUUCAGAAAGUCAUGUGUUUGAUUGCAAUAUGUUGGGUCCAAUUAUAACUAAUCUGUAGUAAAUAAUGAAGGUCUCCUGCUGGGCGCUAGUGUUGGGCUGGAAGCUGUUGUGUUUCUAGUCUGACCUCUUCUUCAGGACGAUCACUGACGACCCCCUCUGACCGUAGACUAGUUGUGUGUGGCUGAGUAACGCACCCAUGUUGUAACAUAUAAACUAGUCUUCCUCUCAGUGCAAUACAGCCUCACUGGAAAUACCUGAAACCAUACUGCUUCACAAACCUCCUGUAGAUAAUUCUUUUCCUUUGUAUGAGAUAGAUUGUUUUGUAUUUUCUAUCCUAUGUUGUCCUCAAACCCGUGUGACCUUAUUGUGUAAACCUUUUUUGUCCAAAACUGUGCUGUUCAUGUAAAUAGGUGUUUGUUAAUAAAAGAAUGUGCUUUUAA